UAAGCGCCAUCUUUCCUGAAGGGAAGAAAACAAUAAAAUAACUAACUAAUUUAUAAAAUCUACUCCGAUCAGACCUAACGAACACAUAAAGUUAUCUGCGGAACGAAGCAAAAAUUUCGUCCAAUAAUUUCUUAUAAUAAUUUUAAACGUACACACUAGUAUUUUCAAAAUUUUAUAGUGGUGCUACCUAACAUACUAUCAUUAUUUGUACAUUAUUUUAUAAAUUUAUUAAGGUGGCGUACAAUGCGGUUCUUGUUGAGGUUACAUGAAUAAAAUAUUGGUUUUCAAGAUAUAAAUCACAAUUAACGCUAUGGAGCAUUCUAGUGAUACAAAAGAAGAAACUGUAAAAGUACCUUUUACAAUUUUUGGUGAACCAGUUAUUAAAACACGGUGUCAGAGAAAUGCUUUUAUAACUGGUAUCAGUGGAGGAAUAAUAUCUGGAUUAGUAGGAUUUUUAGUCACGAGUCAAAUAAGGAAAUCUAUGAAUAUAGCACUUGGUGGCUAUAUUACAGUAACAUUUGCUAUGGCAUGUUAUUGUACAUAUAAGGAAUAUGUUAUUAGGAAUCAAGGAAGAAUGUUAAAAGCACUUUCGUAUCAAGUUAGUAAGGCGAAGAAAUAUACAAAUUCAAGUGAUGCAGAUACAAAAGUUGAAAGUACCUAACACCGAAAGUUUUUUAUUAAAAAAUUUUGUAUAUAUAUGUGCAUUGUAGAGAGGUGAUUCUGGAAACUACAUCAGAAUAUAAGUCAACAUACAUAUGUUUAUAAUUAAAUAUUACAUUUAAAUUUGCAUACGUAACAGAAGUACUGUGACAAUUUAAUAUGUAAAAAAGAUAUAAAAAGCAAUAAUUUAUCGUAAAGUAAUUAAUUUAAAUAGCUGAAAGGAUUUUAGAAGCAUUUUCGCGCUUAUUGUUACAAAACAUUAUCACUAUUGUUAUCUAGUAGUAGAAUGCAGAACUAUCGAAACAAAAAAAGUGUGUUCUUUCGUAAAGCAAAGUAUUAUUUAAUUUCAUUGACUCUUGUAAAUACUCCUACGAGCAUGACAGGGUCAGAAAAAUAUUUUUGUAGUGAGCUUCAUACAUUAUACUUGAAGAUUUUUAUAAUUGUAUUUUAUGGACUUCAAAAUGCUUAGCCAUCUAGCGGUAGAAGGUGGAAACUAAUGGAACUAAAUUUUGAAUGGGAUUUUUGCAUUUAUUGAUUUUUCUGAUUUUACAAACUAAAUAUAUUAAAAAUUUGGUAUAAUAUGUCUUUUGUUUUAUAUAUUGUGCACAUUAUUCUUAAUGUUUGCUUUUUUCAAUAUUGUAUGACCAUGAAAGAGAAGUCCGUAGAAUAUUACAUUCGUACAGAAAUCACCCUCGACUAGGGAAACGUGCAAAUUGUCAUCUAGUUGCCAUAUUCUUGGUUUGGUUUUUAUUUUCCUUCAACUACAGAAGAUGGCGUAUUCUUUGCUGAAAGAAAGUGUAUAUGUAAAGUAUUG